UGGCACCCUGCAAGGGGUUGUCGAACUGGAGUGGGCGGGGCGCCCGAGAAUACUUUAGCCCUCCGAGCUCUGGGGCGCAGGCUGCCCGACCUGAGGAGGUGUGCGGCCAUGGACCGCGGAGCUGCCGCGGCCCAGGGCACUGCCCCGCCUCAGGAUGGAGAGCAGCCCGCGGAGUCUCCAGAGCCGCCGCCGCCGUGGCCGCCGCCGCAGCCACCGCCGCCGCAGGCUCCUCCGCUGCUCCACGCGCCUUCGCCAGAACCCGCACCACAGUUCUGUCCAGAGCCUGCUCCAGAACCCUGUCCGGAGGCGACCCCAAAACCAGCCACAGAACUAGACACAGAACCGAUCCCAGAACCAGAUACACAACCGGCCCCAGCGCCAAGCCCAGAACCAGCCACAGAAUUAAACACAAAACUGAUCUCAGAACCAGCCAAGAAACCGGCCUCCAAACCGGCCCCAGAACCAGCUCCGGAACCAGCCACAGAACCGGCCCCAGAACCAGCCACAAAACCGGCCUCAGAGCCGACCCCAGUACCAGCCAUAGAACCGGCCCCUGAGCCGGCCCCAGAACCAGCCACAGAACCAGCCACGGAGUCCUGCCGUGAGCCGGCUCCAGAGUCCUGUCCGGAGCCGAGUCCAGCACCAGGUCUAUUGCAACGUCCGGUGGUCGCUCCAGAGAGGAGUCUGGGAACCUCGUCAUCGCCCCGAACGCCGGUGCUGUUGUCCAGCAUAAAGAAAAUACUGAAAGAAGGACCUCUGCUGAAGAACUGUAACUCCUUCAAGAGAUGGAAGCUUAGGUAUUUUCUGGUUCGAGGACAAAGGCUCUGCUUUGCACACCAUCCUGCGUUUGCACGCUUUGAAACAAUUGAUCUGUCUCAGGUCGCCUUGGCAGAAAGCAGCUGUAGAAACCUUUACCACAGUUUUUGUGUGAUCACACCACAACGAAAAGUUACACUGGCUGCGCCCAACCGGAAAGACAUGGAAGAAUGGAUUAACGUCAUAAAAACCGUCCAACAGGGAGAAAUUCGUAAGAUACCUGCAGCAGAAAACAACCCUUUCCUUGUUGGAAUGCACUAUUGGUACUUCAGCUACAGCCCUCAGACCCAGCACUGCAAUGUUUGUCGGGAGGGCAUUCCUGCCUUAUCUAGAGAUGUUAUCAUCUGUGAAGUGUGCAAAGUUAAGUCUCACAAAUUAUGUGCUUUGAGAGCAAGCAAAGACUGCAAGUGGAAUACCUUGUCCAUCACUGAUGACCUUCUCCUGCCUGCAGAUGAAGUAACUAUGCCCCAUCAAUGGGUAGAAGGAAACAUAUCUAUCAGUUCUCAGUGUGCAGUAUGUCAUGAGAACUGUGGCAGUUACCAAAGACUUCAAGACUUCCGAUGUCUCUGGUGUAAUUCUACGGUGCAUGAUGACUGCCGAAGACGGUUUUCCAAGGAAUGCUGCUUUGGAAGUCAUCGAACAUCAGUCAUUCCUCCCACUGCCCUCAGCGACCCUAAAGGAGAUGGCCAAUUAGUAGUAUCUUCAGACUUCUGGAGUCUCGAUUGGUCAUCAGCCUGUUCAUGUCCCCUUCUCAUCUUCAUCAACUCCAAAAGUGGCGAUCAUCAAGGGAUCGUCUUCCUCCGAAAAUUCAAGCAAUACCUUAACCCAUCUCAAGUGUUUGACCUGUCGAAGGGCGGACCUGAAGCGGGGCUGUGCAUGUUCAAGAACUUUGCUCGCUUUCGCAUUGUGGUUUGUGGUGGAGAUGGCAGCGUGAGCUGGGUCUUAUCUCUGAUUGAUGCCUUCGGAUUACAUGAAAGGUGUCAGCUGGCAGUCAUCCCUCUUGGAACCGGCAAUGAUCUGGCCCGUGUCCUAGGCUGGGGCGCAUUCUGGAACAAAAACAAGUCGCCUCUGAACAUCCUCAGCAGAGUGGAGCAGGCUAGUGUGAGGAUUCUGGACAGAUGGAGUGUGAUGAUCCGUGAGACUCCCAGACAAACCCCAUUGCUAAGAGGACAAGUUGAAAUGGAUGUACCCCGAUUUGAGGCUGCUGCCAUCCAGCACUUAGAAUCUGCAACCAUUGAGUUGGACAAAAUCCUGAAGGCCAAGUACCCCACAGAGAUGAUUAUUGCAACCAGAUUCCUGUGCUCAGCAGUGGAAGAUUUUGUGGUUGAUAUUGUAAAGGCCUGGAGUCAGAUAAAACAGAACAAUACAGCAAUAGAGUCUGUGAUUUUGAAAAGUGACUUAAUGUAUGAUAAACUCAGUGUCCUGAUUGAUGUCCUGGCUGAUGAGGCAGCAGUUGAGAAGAGUGCUACAGGAAGUGCAGACAGUGGCAAGGCAGAUGGAGAGCCCUUCGUCCCUCAAAUAGACCACAUAGCCAAGUGCAAGCUGGAGCUGGCCACAAAGGCCCAGAAUCUCCAGAAAUCCUUGAAGCUCAUCAUAUUCCAAGUUGAACAAGUUCUAGAUGAGCAAAGUCGACAGACAAUAUCGGUUAAGAACUUUACUUCAACUUUAUUCCUGGAAAGUGACUCAGAAGAUACUAACCAGACGAGCCCAAAACAUGGUUCUCGUUGUGGCACUAUGACUUCUAUAUCUUCUCUUAAAAGGGAGGACCUAGAUAACCUCAAUUUGGAGCACUUACAUUUUACACCUGAAACUAUACGCUUCAAAGAAAGGUGUGUCAUGAACAAUUAUUUUGGAAUUGGACUGGAUGCUAAAAUUUCUCUGGAAUUCAACACCAGAAGAGAUGAACACCCAGGACAAUACAAUAGCCGCAUCAAGAACAAGAUGUGGUAUGGCCUUCUGGGAAGCAAGGAACUUUUCCAUCGCUCUUACAGGAAACUGGAAGAACGAGUGCGCCUGGAGUGUGAUGGAGAAGCCAUCUCCUUGCCAAACCUGCAAGGCAUUGUAGUGCUCAACAUUACCAGCUACGCUGGAGGUGUCAACUUUUGGGGAAGCAGCACAGCAACCACAGAAUAUGAGGCUCCCGCAAUAGAUGAUGGGAAGCUGGAGGUAGUGGCAAUCUUUGGUUCCGUACAGAUGGCAAUGUCCCGUAUCAUCAACCUGCAUCAUCAUCGCAUUGCCCAGUGCCGUGAGGUGAUGAUAACCAUUGAUGGUGAAGAAGGUAUCCCAGUGCAGGUGGAUGGGGAGGCCUGGGUUCAGAGGCCAGGCCUUAUCAAGAUUAGAUACAAGAAUGUUGCCCAGAUGCUGACAAGAGAUCGGGACUUUGAGAACUCAAUGAAAAUGUGGGAGUACAAGCAUACUGAAAUUCAAGCUGCCUCUCAACCCCAGCUGGACUCCAAGGAAUCUCAAUAUAGCCUCUCUGAUGAGGAGUAUGCCCAGAUGCAGCACUUAGCUCAGCUUGCAGAAAAUCUCAUCAGCAGACUUACUGACCUGAGCAAGGUCCACCAGCAUGUGUCUGUCCUCAUGGAUUCUGUGAAUGCCAGUGCCAACAUCUUGAAUGAUAUAUUUCACAGCCAAGACAGUGGCAAUGAGGCAGGUGCAGCUUCCUGCACUCCUAUUGAGACUCUAAACAGAAAUGACGCAGUAGAUGUUACAUUUAGUCUUAAAGGGCUCUACGAUGACACCAAAGCUUUCCUGGAUGAAAACUUGCUGAGAAAUGCUGAGGAUGAGGCCACACUACAAACCGCCCUGGAUGCCAUGAAUAAGGAGUUUGAAAAGCUAUCCAAGAUUGACUGGAUGAAUUCAAUCCUUGUUCCAGAGGAUAAGUCUUCAGACACUGACAGUAGAAAAUUGAAAGUUAAGUUCCCCAAAUUGGGGAAGAAGAAGCUAGAAAAGGAAGACAAGCCUAAAUCAGGCCAAAGAGUUCGGAGUUUUAUUGGAAAUUUGUGGCAUCACAGAAAUCGUGAAGAUGAAGCAAAAGAUGAUGAACCUCCAAUGUCAUCAAGAUCUCAACUGUAGCCCUUGAAAGCUGGAAGGAGAACUCAAAAUGUUUAGAAACUCUUGAAACCUCAAUACAGGCUAGACUACAUUAUUUCAGAAAAAAAUGAGCACCACCAAGAAAGAUCCUCCAAUUCUUUACACUAAUGCAUUUUUCCUGGACUCAAUCAGGUCUCCUUAGAAGUUUACAUUUUCUCAUUGGCCAAAGAUUCUUGUUUCGAGUUGUCUUGUUCAGUUCUUCUUCUCUUUGUGCAUUUUGAGCAACCACAGUAUUUAAUUGGGAUAAGCUCUUUAUGAAUGGCCUGGGAUCUACAAAGGAUUCAAGGAAGUUCACCUCUUUAGGGAGUUUGUGAAUGGUUUUCUCUGAUGGGCAGAGAAACUGUUGAUGCUUGGGAAUGAAUGAAAGAAAGAAAUACUCUCAGGGAGAUGAGAAGAGGGUCAGGGCAGCCAAGCUUGGUUGUGUUUCUCCCCUAAUCCCUGCCAGUUGCAACUUGCAACUUCAGGAGGUCUCUCCUAGUUGGCUUAUUAAGAUGAGAACUAGGUCUUGGGGGCUUAUCCACUUAUCUGUUACAAUCAUCACCAUGUGAAAUUUUUUCUUGUACACGGGAUGACCGCUCUCUCUGCAAACCCUUUGUUUUUCCAUGUGUGCAUGUAUGUCUUUGCAUAUGUCCGGGUGGUGCUCUGGUGGCUGGGUGGGCCCAUUGGUUGGAACUCACUCCUAUGGCAACCAUAUAGGCUCCUACUGCCUUGAUCCUAGCCUGCAUGCCUCCAUGGAGUGUUUGCCUGAAUUCUUGCUGGAUUUUUUAACUAAAUGUUUUGCCGCUGUGCUGCAGUAUAGAUUAUGUAUAGAGACAUAAAGAUGUAUAUAUAAAUAUAUAUAUUUUUUAAGAACUGAAAAUACAACUCGACAUCUAAGUGACCCUAUAAUUUAUUGUGCUAACCAAGGAAUCCCUCCCCACCCUUAUCCCAUCCCCCACCCCCAUUACCCUACACAUACAAACAUAUGCCUCUACCAACUGCCCUAGUUCUUGGUGGAGCUUCUAAUCUUUUGGUGCAUUUUCAGUGUCUUAGAAGUGGUUGGGAUCCACCUAUAGCCCAGCUGAUUCUGACGCCCCCUUAAAAUUCUGAGCCAGGCCAUGGAAAGGGGAACAAAAACACCAAUGCCCUAGAGAAAGGGGCUAAGCUGGCAUGCUGCCCUUUUUGCUCUAUUUGUCCUGGACUCUACAUCAGCAACUGCCCCAGCCUGUGCUGUCCCCUUCCCCAAUAAAAAGACUAUAUGGAGCAAUCAGGCCUUGAACUCUGUGACUUAGAUGCAAGUCACAGCCCAGGCCCUUCCCCACAAGCCCCAUCUUGGCCUGCAUCUUCUGGACAAGCGGUUGGGUCAGUCCCCAAAUCACCUUUGAAUUUCCCAUCUUGCUCCUUUCCUUUGAGUACAGAGGGACAUUGAAAGUGACCAGAAAGAACAUGGGCCUGGGAAAAUGGAGGCUAAAAGCCUCUGUUUUUCCCCUGGUUCUUCUUCCAAAUUUCUCAUGAAAACAAACUAGGCCAAAAUUGCUCCAAAUCCCAAUUAGCAUUUUUUUGGAAUGCCUGCUCCCAGUCAGGGAAAUCUAAUCAAACUCCAGUGUCCAGACAGGUUCUCUCUGGUCUGCCUUGUAUCCCCACCGCUUACCCCCAACUCGUUCCUUUGGGUAAGUGUCCCUUCCCACUUAUUAACAGAAAGCCAGAAAACUGGCCUCUCCCUACUUCUCAGGCAAACUCAGCGUGCUCAGUUACCUGACUCAGUCCAAUGGCUGGUCCAUCGAGGUGCACAAUCCAGACUUCAAUCACUGGUUCUCAACUCUGGAACUCCACCAGCCUAGCCCACUUAAACCAGCCACCUGUGUUCCACCUCUGCAGGGGUGAGGAGAAAAAUACUAACAAGGGGAUAGUCCCCAAACGUCUGGUUGUUAUGCCAAACAAACAAAGAAGUCCUAGCUCUACAACUAGGGAAGAAAGUUAAUGGAAAAAGAUGAGAGAAAACAUUUACAAUUUAAUUAAGCAUCAGCAUAUGCUAACUUUUUCUACGUAUCUAAGUGGGGAGUGUGCUGUUGCUAUGUACUUUGGCUUUCUUUGCAUCACUCUUUCUUCCCAGGAGGAGGUAUUAGAUCAAAUCAGCAAGGUCAUCAUGGCAGCCCGACUUGGCUCUUCUGCGGCUGCACGCACACUCACAGAGUUGGGAACCAAGUUGCAUUUUCCUCAGUAGAACAUUUUCCAAAAUGGAAAAUUU